CACUAUUUGACCACGGUCCUAAAAAAUAGUUCACAAUCCCUAUCCCUCCUUUCUUGUUAUAUAUAGACACAAACGUAAGACCUUUUGUUUCUUACUUGUAAUAAUUCUAAUAACACAACACAACCCAUGGCCACCACCUCCGCAUUCCUCCUCCUUCCCCUCCUCCUGCUGCUCCACCUCGCCAUCGCCGCUCACGGCAUCGGCAUCAACUACGGCACGCUCGGCGACAACCUUCCACCGCCUGCGGCGGUGGCGAACUUCCUGAAGACGAAGACGACCAUCGACCGCGUGAAGAUCUACGACGUGAACCCGGACAUCCUGCGGGCCUUCGCCGGCAGCGGCAUCUCCGUGACGGUGACCGCCCCCAACGGCGACAUCGCCGCCUUAACCAAAAUCGACUCGGCUAGGCAGUGGGUGGCGACGCACAUCAAACCCUUUCACCCUCAGACCAAAAUUAAUUACAUCCUCGUCGGCAGCGAGGUUCUCCACUGGGGCGACACCAACAUGAUCCGCGGCCUCGUCCCCGCCAUGAGAACCCUUCACUCAGCCCUCCUAGCCGAGGGCAUAACCGACAUUAAGGUAACCACUGCUCACUCUCUGGCGAUAAUGCGGUCAUCGAUACCACCAAGUAUGGGCAGGUUCAGGCCCGGGUACGCAAAGCACGUGUUGGGCCCAAUGCUGAAGUUUCUGAGGGAGACGAGAACACCCUUGAUGGUGAACCCGUACCCGUACUUCGGUUACAACGGGAAAAACGUGAACUUUCUUCUGUUCAGGCCCAACCGCGGCUUGUACGACAGGUACACGAAGAGGAGUUACACGAACCAGUUCGACGCUCUGAUGGACGCGGUGCACUCGGCGAUGAAUGCUUUGGGGUACGGUGACGUGGACAUCGCCGUCGGCGAAACGGGGUGGCCCUCCGUUUGCGACGGUUGGGACGCGUGCAGCGUGGCGAACGCGCAGUCCUUUAACAGGGAACUGGUGAAGCACCUGGCGACGGGGAAGGGAACGCCGUUGAUGCCAAACCGAAGCUUCGAGACUUACAUCUUCGCGCUCUUCAAUGAGAACCAAAAGCCCGGCCCAAUAGCCGAACGCAACUGGGGCCUCUUCCAACCUGAUUUCACUCCCGUCUACGACUCCGGAAUCCUCCGCAACGGACAGGCAGUUACACCUGCAAGACCUACACCUACAAGACCUGCAGCUCCUACAAAACCUGCACCUGCAGUAGGAGGUCAAAAAUGGUGUGUGCCAAAGGCAGAUGCUAGCAACCAAGCUUUGCAAGCAAACAUAAACUAUGUGUGCAGCCAAGGAGUUGAUUGUAGGCCAAUUCAACCAGGAGGAGAUUGCUUUGCAGCCAACAACGUUAAGGCUCUUGCCACUUAUGCCAUGAAUGCCUACUACCAGGCCAAUGGGCGCCAUGAUUUCAACUGUGACUUCUCUCAAACUGGUGUUAUUACUACUACUAAUCCAAGCCAUGAUAAAUGCAAAAUCUGAGCAUGUUUAUUUAAAGGUUAUAAUCAGAGGCAAGAAAGGAAGAUAGAGAAAAGCCCAUUGUCAUGGUGUCAAUGUGGCUUAGUGGUAUCUGUGACUCUGAGAUUAUGCAUUCAUGUACUCAAAAUUAUUUAGUUUGUAUAUUGUUCUGGAAGAUGAAUGUUGGCAUGGUAUUUCAUGCCUUGACUAGAUAUGAUGGUCCACCGACUACUAAAUAGGAACUUUGCAUUAAUAUUAACAUCAUUCGUAGCUGAA